AUGGAUACGGGCAGCAUAUACAGAGUCGGGAGCCUGAGACGGAACAGCUGGAGGGACUCCGAGGACGUGUUCUCAAGAUCGUCCAGGGAAGAGGACGACGAGGAGGCGCUGAAAUGGGCGGCCUUGGAGAAGCUCCCCACCUACAGCCGCAUAAGGAAGGGCAUCCUCAUCGGCGCCGAAGGCGGGCACAGGGAGAUCGAGAUUAAGGACCUAGGGAACCAGGAGAGGAAGACCCUGCUCGAGAGGCUGGUCAGGAUUGCCGACGAGGACAACGAAAGUUUCCUGUUGAAGCUCAGGAAUCGCAUUGAUCGGUAAGUAAUGUAUAAAAUAUCAUCCUGUCUUCUAACAGUUUCUGAUUCCCGUCAUAGCCUGGAAUCAUCUCCGCUAGGAAAUUUUUGGCGGAAGUCUUGAGUUUUUUUUUUCCCCCUCUGGUUCAUGUCAGAGUGGGCCUCGACCUUCCUACGAUCGAAGUGCGUUUCGAGGACCUCAAGAUCGUGGCGGAGGCUCACGUCGGGGGUAGAGCGCUGCCCACCGUCCUCAACUCCGCUAUGAACAUCCUGGAGGUAGAGCUUUUCGCGAAGGAUCCAACAAGGUGACCUGGUUUCCCCUUGCGGGCCUGAUUCGAACAGCUGAGUUUUUUUUAAGGUCGCGGCGGGCGCUCUCCGCAUCCUGCCCAGCAGGAAGCAACCUAUCUCCAUCCUUCAUAAUGUUAGCGGCAUCAUCAAACCUCGCAGGUAUGGAAGAUGAGAAUGAUCGAGUUUGCUCGCUCCCACGGCCCAUGGCUUUCAGAAUUCCCCUUAAUCUCUGUCUUCACUGUUCUCCAGGAUGACUCUGCUUUUGGGUCCCCCGGGAUCGGGGAAAACGUCCCUUUUGCUGGCCCUCGCUGGGAAGCUGGGCUCAGACAUCAAGGUUUCUUCUUGUUCUUGUUCUCCAUCUUCAUCAUCUUCUUCCUCCGAUCUCUCGGUUGAUUCUCGAACUUCGCGUUUUUUGGUGUGAGAAGGUUUCGGGGAACAUAACCUACAAUGGACACGGAUUGGACGAGUUCGUCCCGGAAAGAACAGCCGCCUACAUCAGUCAGUAUGAUCUCCACAUCGGGGAGAUGACUGUUCGGGAAACACUGGCCUUCUCUGCUAGAUGUCAAGGCGUAGGAACGCGCUACGGUGAGCUCUGUUCCACCUGGUUUUUGCCCGAAUGAAUUCCCAUAGAUUACGCAGUGAAUAAUUUCCUACUGCGAUCGCAGAGAUGCUGUCGGAGUUGUCGAGAAGAGAGAAGGAGGCCAACAUCAAGCCAGAUGCUGACAUCGACGUCUUCAUGAAGGUAAGAACUCUUCGCUAAGAUUGCUCUCUCUAAAAUUCCAUUUGUGAGGCCACUGACGGUCCUCUUUCCAAAUACAGUCCGCUGCAAUGGAAGGCCAACAAGCCAGCGUAGUGACAGACUACAUCCUCAAGGCAGGCCUCCGAUUACCUUUGCAACUUUCUCAGUUUCAUCGUUGACUCCUCGCUUCUUAUUCAAUACGAAUCUUCCUCCUGCAGAUCCUAGGGUUGGACAUCUGUGCUGACACCAUGGUGGGUGAUGAGAUGGUGAGGGGCGUCUCCGGCGGCCAAAGGAAGCGCGUCACCACAGGUAGAGAGCGAGAGAUCAAAAGAGAGAGAUAGAUAAGUAGAUAGAGAGAGAGAGAGAGAGGUAGAUAAGUAGAUAGAUAGAUAGAGAGAGAGAGAGAGAGAGAGAGAGAGAGUUCUGAAGAUCCUUCUUUCAUUCUACUUCUCCCUAUUAAAGAAGCCUCCGCUGAACCAUCGCAGGGGAGAUGAUGGUUGGACCCGCGAGAGCUCUGUUCAUGGACGAGAUAUCGACCGGUCUGGAUAGCUCGACCACCUUCCAGAUCGUAAAGGCUCUGAGGCAGUCAAUCCACAUCCUCGGGGGAACUGCCCUCAUCUCGCUGCUCCAGCCGGCGCCGGAGACGUACGACCUCUUCGACGACAUCAUCCUCCUCUCCGAUGGGCAGAUCGUCUACCAAGGCCCCCGCGAGGAUGUCCUCGAGUUCUUCGAGUUCAUGGGCUUCAAGUGCCCUGAGAGGAAGGGCAUCGCCGACUUCCUUCAAGAGGUCAGCGUCUCCCCUGUUUCCGUGAAAACUUUCCGAUGAUCUUCUCGGAAGGCAAAGUUCGAAAUUUUAUCUUGAAAAUCUUCUCCAGGUGACGUCGAGAAAGGACCAAGGGCAGUACUGGGCCCGCCACGGGGAGCCUUACCGAUUCGUGCCAGUGAACGACUUCACCGAGUCCUUUAAGGCCUUCCAUGUGGGGAAGGAUAUGACAAAGGAGCUCGCGGUGCCGUUCGACAGGACCAAGAGCCACCCUGCGGCUCUGACCACGUCCAAAUACGGCGUCAGCAAGAAGGAGCUACUGAAGGCUUGCAUCGAGAGAGAGCUGCUUCUCAUGAAGCGGAAUUCCUUCGUCUACGUUUUCAGGUCCUUCCAGGUACUGGUUCUCCUCCUUGACUGGUACUCCCCCUCCUGGACCUCCAGUUGUCUAAUCCAAUCUCCUACUGAACUCAGCUUCUCCUAUUGAGCUUCUUCGCUAUGACGGUUUUCCUGAGGACGAAGAUGCCCCGGGACUCGGUGGCCGAUGGAAACAUCUUCAUGGGAGCACUCUUCUUCUCCGUCGUCGUCGUCAUGUUCAAUGGGUUUGCGGACCUCGCCAUGACCAUAGCCAAACUCCCAGUUUUCUACAAGCAGAGAGACCUUCUGUUCUAUCCCGCAUGGGUCUAUGCCCUGCCGUCGUGGGUGCUGAAGAUUCCCAUAACCUUCGUAGAAGUUGCAGUCUGGGAGUUCGUGAGCUACUACGUCAUCGGAUUCGAUCCGAGCGCUGCAAGGUGAAGGCCCUAUUGGAUUUUGAACACCAAGAGUUUGGCACACCGACCAUGGCGACGUUGACCUGGGAAUUCCCUUCUUCUAUGCAGAUUAUUUAAGCAAUACCUUCUGCUUCUUCUGACGAGCCAGAUGGCGAACGGUCUGUUCCGGCUGGUGGGUGCGCUGGGCAGGAGCAUGGUGGUCGCUAACACGUUCGGAACUUUCGCACUGCUCGUCGUGAUGGUGCUGGGCGGGUUCGUUCUUGCGCAAGGUAGGAUCCGACGAACAGCGUAGAUCAACAGCUUCGUCUAGAACUCGUCCACCCAAAUAGAUGAUGACCUGAUUCUCUUUCCUCCUGCAGAGAAUGUGAAGAAAUGGUGGAAAUGGGGGAUGUGGGUCUCUCCUAUGAUGUACGCACAGUACGGGGUCUUCGUCAAUGAAUUUCUCGGCAAAAGCUGGAGCACGGUGAGUGGUACUAGAGUUGCCAUGAUUGUGCCUAAUUUUGUGUGAUGCAUUGACCUUGGAACUACGAUAGAUGAAGUUUAGCUCUUCUCAUUGCUAAUUAAUUUAAGACCGCGUUAUUACAUGACCUGAUCUUCAACUUGAGCAAAUUACAUUUAAUAUACUAUUGGGUUUAUUUUGAAUCAAUGAACACGGGUUUAUUCCAGCGCUGUUGGAAGGCCCCAUCUGGCGGGCAACUCACCUCUGAUGUUCACAUCAGGUUACUGGGUAGAAUUUUUCUCGAUCAAAUCGGGGAUUUUGUAUCUGAAACAUAAACUAAUCUCACCUGGCUUUAACUUUGAUGACCAGAAUAUUUUCCACUGGUCUACCCUUUGGUCAGGGGGAGCUAAUGACCGUGUUUUAAAUAAUAUAAAUUGCACAGAUUCUCCCGGGAACCACAGAGCCGCUUGGAAUCCUAGUCUUGAGGUCCCGCAGCGUCUUCACCGAACCAAAAUGGUAUUGGAUUGGAGUGGGGGCACUCGCUGGAUACAUCCUGCUGUUCAACUUCUUGAUCACUCUGGCUCUCCAGUAUCUCAAUCGUGGGUUCCCUCCUCCAUUCGGAAUUUUAACGAGCCAGCUCGUCCUCAUACAUUAAAUCUGUCCGUCCAUGUUCAGAAUUCCUGCUCAUGUUUCUCUGCGUCUAAUUCUUUCAGCACUCGGAAAUGGUCAGGCGACCGUAUCUGAAGAGUCACUGAAUGAGAAGCACGAGAACUUGACUGGGCAAUCGCUUGAACUGUCAUCCAGAGGAAAGCAAUUCCGAGGUAACCAACCAUUCGCCCGAUGCCCCGUGUAGGUCCUUUUUUCCGCCUUCUGUUGUCACCUCUGAUCGAGCUUUGAGAUUUCUCUGCGCGCAGGGAAGAGUGAGGAUAAGGCAUCGGCUCCCAAGAGAGCCGGCAGCUUGAAUCCGGAUAGGAAAGGGAUGGUUCUUCCUUUCGUCCCUCUUUCCAUGGAGUUUGAGAACAUCAGAUAUUCGGUUGACAUGCCAGCGGUAAACCUCGUUCUAUAUAUAAGCACAUUCAUUGACGAGUUAUGUAAGAAUAUUCACACAAGUGAAGAGAGAGAUGAAACAUUUUGAUUGAUGUUCCUCGCAGGAAAUGAAAGCGGAAGGGGUUGUAGAGGACAGAUUGGAGCUUCUGAAGGGCGUGAGCGGAUCCUUCCGACCAGGAGUUCUCACAGCUCUGAUGGGAGUCAGCGGCGCCGGAAAGACGACGUUGAUGGACGUGCUGUCUGGGAGAAAGACGGGAGGAUAUAUCGAAGGGAGCAUAACCAUAUCCGGGUACCCCAAGAAGCAGGAGACGUUCGCUCGCAUAUCUGGUUACUGUGAGCAGAACGACAUCCACUCGCCACACGUCACCAUCUACGAGUCGCUCCUGUACUCUGCCUGGCUGCGUCUACCAGCCGAGGUCGACUCCAAGACGAGAAAGGUAGGAUGAUAAGUUUGAGAUACGUAUGUUCGCGGUUGUAUUGUGGAAUCGUGGUGAUAACCUCGCUCCUGCAACCAUCGGGUGGGUGGGCAGAUGUUCUGCGAAGAGAUCAUGGAGCUCGUGGAGCUGACACAGUUGAGGGGAGCGCUCGUUGGGCUGCCCGGCGUCAAUGGCCUCUCGACGGAGCAGAGGAAGAGGCUGACUAUCGCGGUCGAGCUCGUCGCCAACCCGUCCAUAAUAUUCAUGGACGAGCCCACCUCUGGCCUUGAUGCUAGGGCGGCCGCCAUCGUCAUGAGAACGGUGAGGAACACGGUUGACACCGGAAGGACAGUCGUGUGCACAAUUCAUCAGCCCAGCAUAGACAUAUUCGAAGCUUUUGAUGAGGUAACAAGACUUCUUUUGGCAUUCUUCUGAAAUUGCUCGCGGAUUCUCUCUUUAGACUUCAUGCUGUCCGUUUGCCUGCAGCUGUUUCUGAUGAAGCGGGGGGGAGAAGAGAUAUACGUCGGUCCGUUGGGACGCCAAUCUUGCGAGUUGAUCAAGUACUUCGAGGUGAGGUUUCGGUGAUAACAGCUUCCGUUCCCCCACUCUUUGGGGUCAUGCGGCUUCCUUGAAAAAACGGUUUUAUUGACAUGUCUGUGACAUUAUCUUUCGCAGGGUAUCCGAGGAGUUAGCAUGAUCAAAGACGGUUACAACCCUGCGACAUGGAUGUUGGAGGUGACGAGUCUAGGACAAGAAGACCUUCUUGGUGUCAGUUUCAGCGAGUUAUAUAAGAACUCGGAGCUUUACCAGUGAGUAGAUCAUAGAUCUCCAAUUUCCUUUUCCGAUGGAAUCGUAGGAUAACGAUCGAUUAAAGCAUACGUGAACCGACUUGGUUCUACGGCAUUAUAACCUGUUGAUGCCAAUGGCAGGAGGAACAAGACCCUGAUUAGGGAGCUGAGCGUGCCUGCUCCCGGCUCGAGAGACCUCGACUUCCCCACGCUGUAUUCACGAUCCUUCUUCACGCAGUGCAUGGCUUGCCUGUGGAAGCAACACCUGUCAUACUGGCGGAAUCCUUCUUACACUGCCAUGAGGCUUUUCUUCACGACCAUCAUUGCGCUGCUGUUCGGCUCAAUCUUCUGGGACUUGGGAUCCCGAAGGUAACCUAAUCUGACCUACUUACAUGCUUUGAUAUGUGCGGAUAUGCCGUUAAAUUUUGGGAGGCAAAGAAGUCGAAAUUAGUCGGCAGUGGGAUUUACUUGUAUCGAUCGAUCUUAAAUUACAGCACGAUUUUUGCAUGGUUGGACUCGAUUGUUUCGAUGUAAUGAAUUUUCAGGUGUUCUUCUGUUCUUGGAGCAUGAUUCAAGUCGUGAAAAUGUUUGGUUUCAGGGAAAAGAAGCAGGAUCUGUUCAACGCCAUGGGCUCCAUGUACUGUGCAGUUCUGUUCAUAGGGGUGCAAAACAGCCAGACAGUUCAGCCGGUUGUCUCAGUCGAAAGAACGGUCUUCUACCGGGAGAGAGCUGCCGGGAUGUACUCGGCUUUCCCGUACGCGUUUGGCCAGGUGAACUCUCAGAUCCAAAAAACCUUUCAAUAUCCUUUCCUCCUUGCCGGUGUGGAGCCCUUCGUUCCUCACCACCUCCAUGGGAGAUCUCGCAGGUGGCAAUAGAGAUGCCGUACAUCCUCCUUCAGUCCCUGGUGUACGGGGUCAUUGUCUACGCCAUGAUCGGGUUCGAGUGGACGGUGGCGAAGUUCUGCUGGUACAUCUUCUUCAUGUACUUUACCUUCCUCUACUUCACCUUCUACGGGAUGAUGGCCGUGGGGAUGACCCCCAACCACAACGUCGCUGCCAUCGUUUCCGCCGCUUUCUACGGAAUAUGGAAUCUCUUCUCCGGUUUCUUGGUCCCCCGACCGGUGAGCAUCUCCUCCUCCCGUUCUCCGUGGCCUCACUGCAUGGGAACUCUUUUGCUCACGCUUCUCUCUCUGUCUCUCUCUCUCUCUUGUUCGCAGAGGAUUCCCAUCUGGUGGAGGUGGUACUACUGGGCUUGCCCCGUGGCGUGGACUCUCUACGGCCUGAUCACCUCGCAGUUGGGGGACAUCUCGACGAUCGUCGAGGAUGAGCCAGUGGACGUGUUCCUGAAGAACUACUUCGGCUUCGAACACGAUUUCUUGUGGGCGGUGGCGACCGCGGUCGUCGCCUUCAGCGUGCUUUUCGCCUCCGUCUUCGCCUUCAGCAUCAAGACCUUGAAUUUCCAGAAGAGGUAA